AAAAUCUCCCCCCCCCCCCCGCCCCCCUCUCUCUCUCUCUCUACAGGGAGCUUUCUCUCUCUCUCUCUCUCUCCCUUUCACAUUCUGCACGAGGAAAUGGCGGUUCGUCCAAUGCCGGUGACUUAUUAUUCACUGUGCAUAUGGCUUCUUCUGGUGAGUUCAUGGUCCACGGCGGCUGUAGACGGUGGGAUUCCGACGACCCUUGAGGGCCCAUUCAAGCCAGUGACGGUGCCCUUGGACAAGCGCUUCAGAGGACAGGCGGUUGACUUGCCGGAAUCCGACCGAAGAGUUCAGAGGACAGUCAGCGGCUUCGAACCCGAGCAAAUCUCCGUCUCCCUCUCCUCCAAAUACGACUCCGUUUGGAUAUCCUGGAUCACUGGGGAAUAUCAGAUUGGUGAGAACAUAUCGCCUUUGGACCCUGAAACCGUAGCAAGUGUGGUUUACUAUGGGAUUGCAAAAUCGGGACGUAGACAUCGAGUCAUUGGUUCAUCGCUCAUAUACAGUCAACUUUAUCCAUUCGAAGGUCUUCAGAACUACUCUUCCGGCAUUAUACACCAUGUUCGUCUCAGAGGGUUGAAGCCGAACACGCUGUAUUAUUACAAAUGUGGAGACCCUUCGAUAGCAAUGAGUGGCUUAUACUAUUUCUACACUAUGCCCGUCUCUGGCCCCAAGAGUUACCCGAGCAGAGUUGCAGUUGUAGGGGACUUGGGCCUGACGUACAAUACAACUUCAACUGUCAAUCACCUCCUUGCUAACCAUCCCGAUCUCAUUCUUUUGGUCGGGGAUGUGAGUUAUGCUAACUUGUACCUGACGAAUGGGACUGGGGCAGAUUGCUACUCCUGCAAGUUUCCGGAAACUCCAAUCCACGAAACUUAUCAGCCUCGUUGGGAUUACUGGGGAAGGUUCAUGCAGCCUCUAGUGUCGAAAGUUCCUAUCAUGGUCAUAGAAGGAAACCACGAGAUGGAGGAGCAGGCUGAGAACCGUACAUUUGCUGCUUAUAGUUCUCGGUUUGCAUUUCCAUCCAAAGAGAGUGGUUCCUCGUCAAAACUAUACUAUUCGUUCAAUGCAGGCGGGAUACAUUUCAUAAUGCUUGGUGCCUACAUUGCUUACGACGAAUCAUCCGAUCAAUACAAAUGGCUAGAGAAGGACCUUGCCAGUGUCAACCGUGAUGUGACGCCUUGGCUUGUGGCUACAUGGCAUCCUCCCUGGUACAGCACUUACACAGCACAUUACAGAGAAGCUGAGUGCAUGCGGGUCGCAAUGGAAGAUCUACUCUAUGAUUAUGGGGUUGAUAUUGUCUUCAAUGGACAUGUCCAUGCCUACGAGAGGUCAAACCGAGUAUACAACUACACCCUUGAUCAGUGUGGUCCAGUUCACAUUGCGGUUGGUGAUGGAGGGAACCGGGAGAAGAUGGCAAUAACACAUGCUGAUGAACCAGGGAACUGUCCUGAACCUAGUAGUACACCUGAUCAGUUCAUGGGCGGCUUCUGUGCAUUGAACUUUACAUCAGGUCCUGCUGCUGGUAAAUUUUGCUGGGACCGCCAACCGGAUUAUAGUGCAUAUAGAGAAAGCAGCUUUGGACACGGGAUUUUAGAGGUGAAAAAUGAGACUCAUGCGCUAUGGAUCUGGCAUCGGAACCAGGACAUGUACAGGAUUGCGGGAGACAUCAUUUACGUUGUUAGGCAACCAGAUGUUUGCCCCAUCAAAGGUUAUAAAUCGCAAACGUAAUCUGAAACGCAGACAUUCUUCUGUAUUCUGAAGACGCGAAAUAUCGAUUCAAUCAUUUACUAAUUUUAGACGUAAGGUCAAGUGA